CAGUGAUCACAUUCUUGAAUGUGCAGGUUUCUUUAGAAAUCAAAUCAACUGUCUCAACAGCAGACUUUCAAAGUAUGAGCUUUAUAUUUAUGUCUACUGGAUAUAUGGAAAGACCGACUACAGCUCGUUCCUUCCCUCCUUCACUUCCCUUUCCUCAUCCUUUGAAGGCGUCUUCUCCCUUGACCAUUUCUUAUUCUGGGCUCGGUUCAACAAUACCUUUUCAAUAAUCGUGCUCUCUCUUUUUUCCUGGGUAGCUUUGUUUAUCCGUUCCCAUUUAGUGGGAACUCCCAUGGGCUUAUAUCACCUUUGGCAAUGUCGCAACAAGUCCCUCCCGAUGCAGAACCACCGAGUUUGAUCCCUCUACAAGGUGCCCAUAAGGCCUUGGUCGAGCAAGAUCCUACUCCUGUGGCUGGAAAUGCGGCGGUUCCUUCUCAGACAGUCCGAGACCCCUACCCUCCACUCAGGCCUGCGAGCAUCACGCUACUCAGUUCGUCCUCGUCUCUUAUCUGAAACCUCUGCAUAAAUUCUGAUCAUUAUCAGCGAUCGGUGGAGGGAUAGGCACGGGAUUGAUGAUUGGAAGCAGCAGUGCUCUUUCAGAGUAAGAACCUCCGGAUCAUUAAAAGAUGUCUCUACAUACUAAUAACUCCGUGUGCUGUCCAGAGCUGGACCUGCAUCGAUUCUUAUUGCGUAUACUGCCAUCGGAUUUAUUGUGUAUUUGGUGAUGUGCGCCCUCGGCGAGAUGUGCGCCUGGCUGCCUGUAUCUCCCAC